CUGUAAAAGUCCCUAAAGAUGACUGCCUAUUGGGAUCCCAUAGCUUUAUACUCCGAUCCCAUGAAGCACUCAAAAACAACUGAUCCUGCCUGGUCCUGGCCCAAUCCACCGAAUACACCUCCUUCUUGUGCUCCCAAAAAGUCACAGGGGGGACGUUAGGCGUGCUCAAGUUCCACAACUGCAAGCCCCCAUCUCCUGAGGCACUAACCACAUGAUCCGGGUUAUUUUCACUCCAAACAACAUCAAACAGACCGUCGGUCCACUGACUACUUUGCACCUCGACUAUUUUGUUAUCGUUCAAGUCGAGAAUAAACAACGUUCCACCCCCGGUUAAACCAAAAAAUUGACUUGUUGCUACCACCAGACGGUCAGGGUUGAAAGGGGAGAAUCUUACGCUGUACCCAUGGCGAUUCGGCGUUAUAAAUGAAGCCAUUGUUGAAUUAGGCUGGUUUCAGUAUUCGUUGCGUUAAAUUCAUCAUUAGUUUACUUAUUUUUUGGCUAAAAACCCAUAUAAACACAGUUUGACAACAACUGUCAAUUCGACAUAACCACACUUUUGCUUUAUUAGUUUUUUCGCUUUUUAAUUACAAACAAGUGGUAUGUUUUUCAUAUAUCCAAUAAAUUAAACCAAAAUAAUUUCACCAGAAGUUUCUUCAUGAGAUACGAAUCAAUAAUAAACAAUAUUAAUUAAAAUACAAAUUUUGGUAGUUCUUUUGCGUCGUUCAUUUAAACUACUAUCUGUCAAAUGACAUAAAGUGAGGUUACUUAGAGAAUAGUAAACAAUUAAAAAAUCAGUGUUCAAACACAAGUUAAACAACUAUUAUGAACAUAAUAAUUACAGUUUUACUACGCUAUGGGAAGAGACUCCAACUCAACGCGUAAAUGGGAAAAGGAUAGAAGGGAUCGUUUAAAGGAAGCUUUUGAUCAGUUAGGAAAAGUUCUUCCUAAUUAUAAUCCUUCUCAAACGUUAGUUAAAAUUGAGAUUUUAACCAAGGCAGCUUUGCAUAUUAAAGAUUUGGAGGAUAAAGUUAAGAAUUUGGUUUUGCCUGAUACUAAUAAAGAUGAGAUUGAAACUGAGUUUGUACGAAAUUUACAAGAACGUAUUAAAAAACUGCUUACUAGAAAUGAGCAGUUGUGUAACUUAUUAAAAGAUGCUAAUAUUACAAUACCAAAAGCUUGUGGUCUUGUUAAAAAGUUUAGAGUUCCUCUAAAAUGGUCCAAUAGGAUAAAUUCAGAAACGGCACAGUUAUUAAGCAAAAAUGAGGCGGAAAAAGGAACACGAACUAGGAAAACUCCAAGAAAGAAGUUUAGGCAAACCACAAGUAUAGCACCAAAACAUAAGAAAAUUUUAAGGAGCCGAUUUGAUGAGAGAAAAGUUAAACCAGCAAAAAGAAAAAACAUAGCAGUUGUUCCACAAAAACUUUUAAUUGUAGUUUCUCAACCAACUAUUAAUCAACAAUGUUACAUAAUAACAAAUCCACCAAGGAAUACUUUGGUUCAAAACAACUACACAAGUACUGUCAAUUCAAAUACAAUAAUCUUCACAACAUCUCAAUUAACAAGAACAAAUUCCAAAGUAACAACUUUAGGACCAGGUACUUUAAUUCUCGCCAACGGUUCUAUCCUCCCCGUCAUUCAAAAUCAAAAUUUUAUUCCCACUCCCACUAUAAUAGCUAAUAACAUUAACCCUCGCCCCAACAUACAAAAUGUUAUAGUCGUAUCGAGCGUGAACACACCUAAAAUAACGCCAAUUGUAACAGUUGCGCAACAAAAAGGUGUUACUGGUUACAAACCUGUUAGGCCUAAAACAUGUUUCACCCAGACCACGCAAGUGAAUAAGGUACCCAUACCUGCCUCCAGGUAUGCUCAUAACUAUGUUGUUUUUGAUCAUUCUCCACCGGAGGUACCGAAUAAUAAGAAUAAUAUUAAAAAAGGUAAAAGUGCUGUUAAACGAAAAAUUGUGGAGCAAAAGUCAGAGGAAAGCCAAACUGACAUAAACAUAGAAGGAAAUGAUGAAAUUCCCUCUAAAAAGUCCAAGAUUGAGAUUAUCAGCAAUGAGGUGAUAAAUCAAGGAAAUGCUUUGAAUAAAGACAAGACUUCAGUAACAAGUACCUCCAAAAACAUCGCUAAUGAAGAAAUACAACCAGAAGUUGAUAAAGUUGAUAAAAUAUCAAAGCCAAAUUCAAACACCGAAUUGGCAAAAGAUAACAAAGAAAAUAUAUCUGAUAAACCAAACAACAAACUCAAUAAACCCGACACAAACAGUAUUGCAAAACUAUCCAUAGAUGCAGAAAAAAUAACUCAAUUAAAGGAGAAAGUAGACUCCAAUGAAUUACCAGAUUUGAACGCGAAUGAACUCAAUUUGCAGCAUUCAGAACUUUCAAACGAUUUAUUUGCUUCACUUCAAGUACCCACAGGUUGUCAAAAUCCUGAGUCCACCUCGCCUACGGCCGCCUUUUUGCUUACAUUCCCUUUGGUAUCCACCUCGAAUGGCGUUAAAGUAACCGAAGUGAUCGACGAGGAAAAUUCUGAAAGCCAAAGAGGCACCCCGAAUUUACUGCAAAUCGGUACGAUGACAAAUACUAGAACCACAGUUUCCCAGAGCGAUGCCCUCACUCCCAGUUUGUUGAAUCUAGAUAAUUUCUCCUUUUUUACCGGCAAAGAGUUUGCUAAUUACUCUAACAGCUAUACAACCCCAAGCAACAUAUUUUCCAAUAGUUUUAAAAGUACUACUCCCAGUAUUAUCAGUACGAAUAUUUUUUCAAACAAUUAUACUUUUACUUUCACAACAGCAAGCAGUAUAGUAACUCCUAGCGUAUUUACCAAUUCCACUAACACAGAUAAUAAAAAAAUAAAAACAUUCUUUGACCCUUUACCGUAUAAUAUAAACGAAAAGAUAAUAGAAAACCCUAAAUCUGCAGCCUACUCGCAAAUACCAAAUUUAUUAAGCGACAAUAUUGUUCCUACCCCUAGCACAAUAACUUUGCAACCCAGUCAACCCCCUCCAAGUAUGCGACCGAAAAUACCGUCGUCAUUUGACGUCAUGCAACCCAUCAUACACUCCACGCUGAGUAUGCAACCUAAAUUACAAAAUGCCCCCCCUAAAACAUCAUUCAGCCUUGGUUUACAACCCCCAAUAAACAAUUUACCUCCUAUCACUACUUUUACUACUAGUUUUCCACCAAAAUUGCAUAACACACCCUCUUCAACUUCCUUUAAUAUGCACACGUCGCAAAGUAUGCAACCAGCAAUACAUACCUUACCGCUUACCACCUCAGCAAGUAUGCAACCAAAAUUGCACCCGGCACCCCCCACCACAACGUUCAAUGUCCAAUCGAUGGUUCCGCCCACUACUAUGGCUAGUAUGCAGCCCAAAACACACGUCUCGCCGCCUAAAUUAAGAAAUAUGCAACCCACAUUACAGUCACAAUCUUCCAGUACAUCGUUCAAUUCAUUUAACACUUUUCCCAUCACCACUACAGUCAGUAUGCAACUCAAAUCACACGCUGUAACCCCAGCAACGUCGUUUAACAGUACGCAACCACCACCGACUACCACAGUCAGUAUGCAACCAAAAAUACACAUCUCCACAAACCUAUUUAACGCUCCACGGACAUCGUUUAACGUUCAGUCGAUUGCGCCUCCCAAAUUAUUACAAACCGCGCCCCCCAACACUCUUUUUAGUAAUGUUCAGUCUUUGGCUCCUCCUAUGCAGUCAAAAAUACAUCCGUUACCUCCCACAUCGUUUAAUGUUCAAUCGAUAGCGCCUCCCAGUUCGCAACCCAAAUUACAUUUCAAUGCGCCGCCAAUCAAUCAAUCUACCUUCAGUAUGCAACCCAAAUUGCACCACGCACCGCCUACCACAUCCUUUAACGUGCAAUCGAUAGCUCCUCCCACUUCGUUUAACUUGCAAUCUAUAGCCCCGCCCCUAAAUACUUUCAGUAUGCAGCCCAAGUUGCAUAACAACGUUAUAGCACCUCCCACUUCUUUCGACAUGCAUCCGGUAGCUCCGUCUAGAAGUAUGCAACCCAUACAGCACACGAUACAUCCGCCUACGUCUAUAAAUAUGCAACCAGGAUCGCAUAGUCUUCCGAUUAAGGCCGUUCUCGAUCCACAGAAGGAAAUUAAAAAUUAUCACCAUCACAAUAAUAAAGCUUAUGCCAAUGCGCAAAUUGGUAAUGAGUCUAAUAGUGCUAGGACCAAUUGUAGCUCGUACAAUCCGAAGUCUAGUAAUAACGCUGUCAGUUCUUAUAGCUACUAUGGUGAUAGUAGUAAUUUUAACACGAAUUGUUAUAAGAACAUUAACAAAAAUGACAAUAAGGGUUACUAUUCUAUGCCAACAUACGAUAAUUACGAGAAUUAUAAGAAAUGCGAUAAUUUUUCGGAUAAUUAUUAUGCCCCAACUCAAAACCCUUCAAAAGAUAAAUUCAACAGCCCUCCAAAGUCCAAACAACCAAGUCAAAGUAAACCUCCAAUAAACUGGAUGACUGCUCCAGACAACAGAAUACAAACAGAUUACUUCUUGCCUCCUUUAUCGAAAGAAAACGAAUUCACGGUUUACCCAAAUAACUCACAGACAACAUACUUCAAUACCAACACGAUGUAUAGCACCAGUGAAAUAACCAUGAACGACAAUACUAGAAAAACCAUAGAUCUCCCCAUAAAUCCGUCUUUGAGUAACAACUAUCAAAGGACAGACUUGGAGGAGUGGUCCCCGGCAAAAAUGCCUCAAUUUUUGGACCCCCUUGUGGGCGAUUUGGGACUCAAUCACAUCUACGAACCCAAGACGGAUAAAAGAGUUAAAGAUGCCACCAGGAGAAGUAAGAACGUUAACUACGAUAAUCAAACGAACUUUUUGUCGGUUAGCCAGCUUGUGGAUAGUAAUAAAAAUGAGAAUGUGCCGGCUAGAACUACUACUAGGAGGAAUAGUGGUAAUAGAGCCAAAACACAGCAGGUUAAACAAAAAAGAAAGUCGCAGGAAGCCAAGGAAAUGCCGAGUAAUGCUAAUAAGAGUGACGGGCUGAAAAAUACACAGCAAAUGAAUAAGUUCGUUGCUAGUUUUAAUAAUCAGGAUAUUUUCUGUGAAAAUCCCAAUAACAAACCAAAGAAUAGCUCUAGUAAUUACACAGCCGAGGCUCUUAUAGGCCACACUAAUAAUAUAAUUAACGAUGCGAAUAAAAAGCAAAAUUACACCAACAAAACUUUAGUACCUCCACCUUUUCUUACCGAUAACAUUAUUACCUAUUUCCCUCCUGUUGAAUUUACCCAGGAGAAUACUUAUAUACCACAAAAUCAAGCCUAUAAUAGCAAUAGUUUUACCCAUAAUUUUGGAACAUUCCAAAACACUUCAUACACAGCAAACAAUUUUAUUCCCGCCACAAACACAAUAACAACAACAUACAUCCCCACAAACAAUUUUGUUCACGAUACACACGAUUUUAUCUCUGAUAACUUUAACAACAUAUUCUCCACCCCAGUCAAGGAGAAACCUUGCCCUAAACCUAACAGGAACGUAAAUAGUAACACGGAAAAAAACCUAAAUCAAAACUGCACAAAUACCUACAAAAAAGGCAAAAAGAAACCCCCUCAUGAUACGAAUAUAAACAAUUUUGACAUCCAGUUCCUCUCCAUGCCUGGUAACCGCAACUCCCCCUUGUUACCCGAUGAUUUUCACACACAUACCACCUACAUACCCCCUCCUACAACUUACAAAACCAUCAACCCCUUUUCCCACAAUAACAAUAAAACAUCUGACAUGUCUUCUACCCCCCUACUUCCGCUUCCGCCUGUUCCUGGUGCGAGAAAUAGCAAUCAACCCGAAAUACUUCCCGUGAACUCUAGUGGUACUUCGUUGACGAACUUCAAUUUAAGUACCAUAUUCCCAGAGAUCAAUAAGGGGCCAAUACCGGAACUGUAUUCCAGAAAUAAAGAUCAAGGAUCUAAUAGGAACUAUAAUCCCAGUACUAGUACUGCAAUACAAGCCCCCUUCAGUACCAACAAGUCAUCCUUUAAUUUUAAUUAUAAUAAUAAUUAAAUUAAGACUUUUAAAAAGAAUUGUACCUGAUGUAUAUAUUUUAUAAUAAAUAACUCGUCAAAAAUGCAUUUUGUAUUAUCUACUCAAAAACAAACAUCAUACAUAUAAUUUAGCACGGUUUAUGUAAAAAAAGUUAUUUUGAUCUGGUUUUUUUAAGUUGGCAUAUUUCUCUUUCCGCAAUCUGACAGCUUGUCUCGUGGUGGGGACAAUGCGACUCGCUUGAAUCGCUUAAAUAAUCACCAUUUCCUGUUAUAUUUUCUUCAUUAUCAUCAUUGGAUGCCUCGUCAUCAUUUAUGGCUUCGUAUUCAGUUUGACUUAUAUC